AUGUUUACAGCGAAAUCCGUGUGCAUCGAGUCGGACAUCGCUCACGACUACGCGGAGAUUUACACGCCUAGCCGCGAAAACCUGCCGUGGGACAAGGCGUGCAACAAGCCACCGACGCCGCCUUUGCACAGGUUCCCGUCCUGGGAAUCUCGGAUCUACCAAGUGGCCAACGAAGGCCUUUCGGCGGCGCCCGCGGAACCGACCUUGAACGCUGUAGCCGCUGCCUCCUCCACCGGCGCCACCGUUGUACAUCCGACCCGAGUGGUGACGUCGCAAGGGUAUUGCGAUAUAAGCGUCCCGGUGUACGCCACUGUGAAAGGCAGAGCCAGUCAGAUCAGGUCUAGCCCGUUCACCGGUGACUCGUCGGACGACUCGAGUGACGGCGAAGGGGAGCACACCAACACGGUGAACACGCACAGCGUGGCCACCAGGAUCACGAACAGCAGUAGCACCGACAACACGGACACCUCGCUGUCCAGUUCCAGUCCCAGCAAGAGUCACAAGACCGCGUCGACAUUCUCGCCGGUCAAACACAACUCUUCCGGGUCGCCRUCGAAAAGUACGUUUUGCAAAUUGAAUUUUCCUCUACAGAACGAUGUAGCACGAAAACCACAACGUGAAAUCACGAUCGAUGAUCUAUGUCGUAUAACCCGAGCGGAUGGAGCUGCUACAUUCGAAAUAUCGACAGCCAAAAAGACAUUUUAUCUAACAGCAGAUUCAAUUGCAGCCAUGGAAGAUUGGGUUAAAGUUUUACAAAAUGUUCAAAGACAYAAUGCUACCAAGUUGCUACUGAACAACGAAAACAAUAAACCUACUAUACAAGGGUGGUUAACCAAAGUGAGAAAUGGACAUGCCAAACGGUGCUGGUGUGUACUCGUAGGAAAGACAUUUUUAUAUUUCAAAUCAUCUACAGAUACGAGUGCAUUUGGACAAAUAAACAUGCGUGAUUGCCGUGUAGAAACCGUUGACCAUGUUUCAGACUCUGAUAGUGAAGAGAGAGAUUCCAAUCAGCCACCGACAAUAGCUUUGCACCCAUCACAUCAAGGUCCUCCGACUUAUUUAUUGAUGUCUUCUAAACAAGAAAAGGAUUCAUGGUUAUACCACCUUACAGUAGUUUCGGGAAGUGGAUCACAAUCUGGAUCACAGUUUGAACAACUCAUUCAAAAACUAAUGGAAGCCUCAGGGGAUCCAAAUUGUGUGCUGUGGAAACAUCCGACUCUUUUACACUCCAAGGAAGCAAUUAGUACGCCAUUGACUACUUUAUCUAUUGAAUCGUUACAAUACGAAGCUAUUAAAUUAUUCAAGAGUUGUCAGUUAUUCAUGUCAGUAGCAAUCGAAAACGCUGGUAUUGAUUAUCAUGURGUAUUAGCACAAAACGCAUUACAGUUGUGCUUGGACAACUGGGAACUGCAGGCUGAGUUAUUAUGUGCCCUAGUCAAACAGACAUCUAGGCACGCGUCCCACAAACAUGGAGUCCAGGUAUUCUCCAAACUGCGGCAUCGUGUAAGUUCCCCUUCCCAUUGCUUUUUUUGAAAUUGAAAAACCAGUCAUGUGAUCAUAAUUUAUUAUUCAAACCUUUCAAAUUGCCAAUAAUUUUAGUGCAUAGUGCAUUUAUUAAAUAAUUCAAAUUUAUACAUAAACAUCAUAAUYAUACUAUGUUCAUUGGCUGUUUUUUUAAUUUCUAGCUUUUAUA